AUUAUCAACGCUCCCGAGUUUCUCUUUCUUCUCUGCCCAAUCUCCCGUGUUCACUCCCCGAGUCCGAGAUAGGUUUAGGGUUUUGAGAGCACAGAGAAAGCAUCCACCUAAUGGCGGCCGUGGAAUCUGUUCAGUGCUUUGGUCGCAAAAAGACUGCCGUUGCAGUCACCUACUGCAAGCGAGGUAGGGGCCUCAUCAAGAUUAAUGGCUGCCCGAUUGAGCUUGUUGAACCGGAGAUUCUCCGUUACAAGGCCUACGAGCCAAUUCUCCUUCUGGGUCGUCAGAGAUUUGCAGGUGUUGACAUGAGGAUUAGGGUUCGGGGAGGAGGUCAUACUUCACAGAUAUAUGCCAUCCGUCAAAGCAUUGCGAAGGCCCUUGUAGCUUACUAUCAGAAGUAUGUUGAUGAACAGUCGAAAAAAGAGAUCAAAGACAUACUCGUUAGAUAUGACAGGACGCUCCUCGUGGCGGAUCCAAGGCGCUGCGAGCCUAAGAAGUUUGGAGGACGGGGAGCUCGCGCUCGCUUCCAGAAGUCAUACCGUUGAGUGGAGAAAGAAGAACAACAAGGAGGAAAAGACGAAACGGAGAGGUGUUACUUAUUUGUUCGGUUUUUAUUUUUUAUUAUUUUUUAGUUAUUGCUUAUUGGAACUUUGGAAGUCAGGAUGUCAAAGCCGUUUACCAUUUUCUUUAUUUUGAGAGAUUUUGCAUAAACCUCUAUUUCUUAAUCUAAAAUAGUUUUUAUUUCUGGAGAUUUUUUACGGCA